GAUUUGAGCAAAGAAGUAGGGUCAAAAUCGUCCUUUUAAAAAAACUGACCCACUCCACUCGUUUCAAUUCCACACGCACACGCAUACACAUUUACCCUAGCUUUAUUCAUCACACACAAAAUCCCCAAAAUCACAAAUCCACAACUCUCAAAAACCUAGGGUUUCCUCCAAACACAGAGAACAAGAAAGAGAAUCGAUCAACCAUGCCGAAGAACAAGGGAAAGGGAGGAAAGAAUCGCAAGCGAGGAAAGAACGAAGCCGACGACGAGAAACGAGAGCUCGUCUUCAAAGAAGACGGCCAAGAAUACGCUCAGGUCCUCCGCAUGCUCGGUAACGGUCGAUGCGAAGCCAUGUGCAUCGACGGAACAAAGCGUCUCUGUCAUAUCCGUGGGAAGAUGCACAAGAAAGUUUGGAUCGCUGCCGGGGAUAUUAUUCUCGUCGGACUUCGUGAUUAUCAGGACGAUAAGGCGGAUGUUAUUCUGAAGUAUAUGCCGGAUGAGGCGAGGCUGCUUAAGGCGUAUGGGGAGCUGCCGGAUAAUACGAGGCUUAAUGAAGGGAUUGGCGGUGGACUUGAUGAGGAAGAUGAUGGAGAUGGGAAUGAUUACAUUGAGUUUGAGGAUGAGGAUAUUGAUAAGAUUUAAGUUUUUUUUUGUUUAAAUUUUAUUAUAUGAUGAUGAUGAUGUGAAUCAUAUGUAAUGUUUAGAGGUUUUAAUUGUUGAAGUCUUUUGAUUUUUAUCUUGUACUGUGAGAUAUGGUUAUGGUAUUAUGAUCAAUUUCAAUGCUCAAUAAUGUUAGGUUGUUACGAUAA